AUGUUCCUCUUCGGCACCUACACCGGCGUGCGGGAUAGUUACAGUCGCGGCACGGCGGAAUACCACAGGCGGCUGGAAUCGUUGCUGGCGCUGGUGCAGGUUGUCCGCCAGGAAUUCCUGCAGCACACCUCGUACCGGGACAAGGAGGAGGAGCAGGUGGAGUACCUGUGGAACAACUUCCUCCAGGCGUGUGACGAGGCCACGGAGUUUAUCCGCAACCAGCGUGACAGCGUGCUGGAUGCAAUUUGGCAGGAGCGAGAGAUGCUCACUGCAAGGGUGCUCGCCAUCCAGGCCGACGUCAACGAUGCCCGCUUCCAGGACCCCCAGCAGAAUGCGGCCGCCAUGCUGCAAGAGCUGCUGAAGAUGCGAGAAGAGCUGCAGGCUGCAAUGCAGAGCAUGGAGGCACUGAACAACACACAGGAUGCCAUCAAAGGCGAACCAUUCGAUCUGACGUUUGUGGCGGCGACAGAACUACAGGUCAACUCCAGGAGGGAGCUGUGGAACGUUUACUACACUGCCUUCCUGGAGGUGAAAGACUGGAAGAGGACACUGCUGUCCCAGUUUAAGCUGCAGCAGGUGAGGCUGGAGCUGGAUGGCUGGCUGGCAAUAGUGGAGCAGCUGCGAGCCCACAUCCCGGCCGAUGAUGGUGUCCUGCUAGCCUUUUUCGAGGUGGUUUCCGUGUUCAGGAGAUUCCUGCCCAUCCUGGCCGACAUGUGUCAACCAGAGAUGAAGGAGAGGCACUGGAGAGCCAUCUUCACAGAGAUGGGCGAGGCCUGGAAUGCAAUGUGGCCGAUCACCAUCGGGGAUCUUUUAGUUUACAAUCUCCCGGCCUACUCCGAGUUCAUCAGUCAGGUCUUGGCUAAGGCGAGGAAGGAGUGGGAAGUGCACAAACUGAUGGUGUCGGUGGAGAGGUUUUGGAAGAGCUUUGAGUUCCGGCUGGUGACGCACAUCGCCAUGGUUCGUGCGGUGGAGACCCACCCCCACAGAUCGUUCCGGUCCCGUCCUCACAGGGUUCACCCGCGCACCGUCAGCUGGACUGCCAAAGACAGCGGAACGUUGAAGCUUAUCGAGAUUGGGCAGCUGCAGUGGCACGUGGACGACAGCAUGAUGACCCUGAGCAGCAUCAUGUCCAGCGCAGCCCCCAUUGACGACCAACUGAAAGCUGGCAAGCUCAAGGAAAUGAUUGAACACUUUGGGGAACUUCUGGACCUGUGGAAGAAUUUUCAGGAUAGGUGGGUCUUCCUGCACCAGAUCUCCUCUGAGAUGGUGCUGAAGGCUCGGAAAGUGGACCUGACCUUGGUGAGUGUGCAUGGCAGGGAACCUGACUCGGAGUGCCAGCCGCUACUGGAGGCGGUGCGCCACUCGCUCACCUGCCACGGCACGUACGAGCGGGACGGCCUGCGCUUCCUCUCCUUCCACUCGGCGCGGCUCAGCCUGGUGGCGUCGUGCGCGCCGGGUCCGGACCAGAGCGGGCUGUCUGGCCGGCUGCUGCGGCUCCUGACGGUGCUGGCGAUGCCGGCCGUCAGCUGGGGCUGGGUAGCCACGGUGUACACGCCGGGUGUACUGGGCUGGCUGCGCAGCUUCCCCACCUACACGCUGUCCCGGCACUCGCUCUUCGCCAGGGCGCUGGUGUUCGCCACAGUCGAGCUGUACCAGCGCGUCAAGGAACGAUUCCCGCCCUCGCCGCCGCACCCUCACUACUUGCUGUCUGUAGCUGACAUCGGCAAGGUGUUGCGGGGCCUGCAACUGAUGCCGCCCGCGGCUGUCGGCCCGGGUAAGGUCGGGCAGCCGGUGGUGACCGUGGCCAAGACGGUGGUGGCCCUGUGGCUGCACGAAUGCAUGAGGACAUUCUCGGACCGCCUGGUGUGUGAGCAGCACCGCACCGCGCUCUGCUCCGCGCUACACGCCGUGGCUCACACUCACUUCUCCUCACACACACAACAGCUGUCCUCCUACAAGGUGCUAUUACGGAGCACCGUGGAGCCGCAGCCCGCCGGCUCUCCCACCGCCGGCCCGGCCCCGAGUCAGGAGCUGGCGCGGCUGCAGCGAGCGAUGGCGGGGAUGAGUGAAGCGGCCGGUGCCGGUGGCAGUCCAUCCCCGCGGGAUAGUGAGACACAGCCGGCGAGUGGGCUCCGCCGGACCCGCCAGAGCCACUGGCAGUCCACCAAGCCGUUGCUGCCGCUGCACGAACUGUACUCCGGGGAGGAGCUGGGCGACCUGAUCUUCAGCAAGGGAGCCGUGAGGCCCGACAACCGGCAGCAGCUCAAGUCUCCGCGCUGGAACCCGUACCGGCAGCUGACGCUCGGCAACCUGGCGCUGCAGCUCCGGGACGUGGUGCAGGCUCACAACCAGGCGCGCCGCUCCAGCCGCCAGCUCAUCUUCUUCAAGGAGGCGGUGCAGCACCUGGCCCGCCUCAGCCGCCUGCUGCUCACACCCGGAGCCCACGGCGCGUUGCUGGCCGCCGCACACUGCAGCGGCCGCGGCACUCUGAUCCGGCUCGCCGCCUACCUCGCCCGGGCUGCCGUCUUCCACCUGAGCGGCCGCGAGUCUGGCCCGCAGGUCGCCGCGAUCUUCAAGCGGGCGAGCCGGCAGGCAGGCUUGUUGGAGCGCUGCACUGUCAUCGUGGUGCCGCCCGCUGUCCCACAGCAAACUCUGCAACGGCUCUUCAACAUCACGACCGACGGCACCUACCCCGACCUCUACUCGGCCAAAGAGUUCAGCCGAGUGGCCAAGGAGUUCGCCGCCACCAGGAACCUGGCAUGGAACCUGAAGCAGGAGCAGGUUUUGGAGAGGUAUCUCCUCGCUGUGCGCCAGAGCCUGCAUGUGGUGUUGCUGCUACCGCUGCAGAGCGCUGCGGGAGCGGGGAGCGUGGCGUGGGCUCCGGGCGGCCUCACCCACCUGCUGGGCCCCGCCGGCUACAUCGACGUGUGGCACCAGUGGAACCACCAGGCGUACGCCGUCAUCGCCACCUCCCACCUGGGCAUCGGCAACCUGUCCACGGUCAGGACCACCGGCCAGUCGGUGGCGAGGAUCUGGGUGCUGGUCCCAAUCAUCGUCAAGAUCAUGGCGUUGAUCCACCAGUCAGCGCUGAGCGGAGCGGCGCACAUGGCCCCGACGCUGCCGCUCAUCACCCCGCGCCACUACCUGGACUUCAUCGACCUCUUCUCCAUGAUCUUCCACUACCUGGAGCAGUCGGAGGGGAUCCAGAUUAACCGGAUGGAGCUGGGGCUGGACAAGAUCAGGGAAGUGUACAAGGCAGCCGAGGAGCGGCAGCAGGAGAUCGAGCGGCUCCGUCACAAGCUAGAGCUACUGGGCGAGGAGAUCCGGCUGCUGCAGGAACUCUACGCCAAGCUGCGCAGCGAGUUCCAGGAAUUGCUGCAGCGGAUGCGGGAUGAGGAAUUCCAGCUCGCCUUGCUGCAGCGGGAGAUGGAUGCCGCCCGGCAGGCCUUCCAGAGGGAAUACGGCACGGGCAAGCCUCUGUACGAGACGGCGUUGCAGGCGCUGCUGGCGUUGAGCUCCAGCGACCUGGACGAGGUGCGCACCUACCGAGCGCCGCCGCUGCCAGUGGUGACGGUGAUGAACACCAUCUGCCUCAUGUUCGGCAAGAUGGAGGGCUGGGAGAACGUGAAGCUGCUCAUCAGCCAAGACAACUUCUUCCAGGAGCUGCAGUUCUACGACAAGGACAACAUCCCGGAGGACGUUUUCCGGGCGCUGGGCGACAUCAUCCUCCGUCCGGAGUUCCAGCCGGAGACGGUGCGGGAGGCGAGCCGGGCGGUCGAGUCGUUCAGCGUGUGGGUGCGGGCCGUGUACUACCAUGCGGUACUAGCCCGCGAGUACAGCCCCACCUUUAUCAACCGCUUCCAGGAGCUGAUCGAACAGGCGCAGACCCGCCUCGGGCUGCUCCGCAAACUGGCCGAGCGCAUGCGGAAAGGGCUGCUGGAGGUGCUGCGGGAGGACAUGGACGACAACCUGUCGGAUAGUGACUCGCUGCUGGAGGCCAGCGACGCCGAGCUGCUGCGGCUGCUGCUGUUGCGGGAGCAGGAGUUGGUGCGGCGGCUCCGGGAGCAGGAGCAGGAGCUGCUAGCACAACUGCGGCGGGUGCGACAGGAGCUGCGGCGCAACGAGGAGCUCAUCCAGGCCCUUCGGCCUCACCGCUCCGACUGGGACGCGGCGCUGGAGCAGUCUAAGGGCCGCCGCCGCACCAUGUCUGGGGACGCGCUGCUGACGGCCGCCGCCGUCGUCUACCUCGGGCCCUUCGAGGAGCGGCUGCGGCAGGAGCUACUGGACAAGUGGAAGGGAGCUUGUCACACCGGCACCAUCCGCAUGGAGCCCGUGGACCCGCGGCAAGAACUGCUGGACAUCCUGGCAAGCCGAGCGGCCUCAGCCCUGGCCUCGCCGCGGGUCCCGGGCCCAACCCGGGACACAGCCCCGCCGCCAGGCCGGACCACAUCACCGCCUCGGGUCCAGCCCGAGGCACCGGCCCCACCGAUAGUCCAGACCGUUGCUUCAACGCCGUCGUCAGCCCGGACAUCUCAGCAGUCGCCAGCUCCGGCCCGGACCCCGUCACCAGCCCGGAGCCCAACGCUGCAGCGGACCGCAGCCCCGACCCCUCCACCGUCGCCAGCACUCACCCUGUCUCUAGCCCGGCGCCAGCCGUUGCCCCGCGGCCGCAGUCGGAGCCGGAGCCGGGAUCCCGCUUCACGCCGGCGCUCCAGCCAGUCGCCAGCCCGGAUCUCGCAACGGUUGCAAAGUCGGGCCAGGAUCGCAACUCGGACCCCUCCUCCGUCGCCAGCACUCACCCUGUCGUCUGACCGGAGUCAGCCGUCGCCCCGCGGCCGGAGCCGGAAGCCGUCGUCACGCCGGAGCCUGAGCCCGUCGUUACCCAGGAGCCGGAGCCCGUCGUUAUCCAGGAGCCGGACCCCACCUACAUCCCGCAGAAUGAGCCGCAGUCUCAGCCAGUCGUCAUCACGGUCGCCGCAGCUCGUCCCCACGCCGCCGCUGCUCCCCGACCCGCUGCUCGUCCCCGAGUCAGCGCCAUCUCCGGGCGCCGUGUACGGCCCAUCCGACUUCAUCCCGACCCGCAGCAACUUCCUGCUGCUCGAUAUGUUGAGCUCACUGCGGGAACAACUGGACUGGAACCUGGAGAAGCUGCCGGUCAACGCCACGGCCCGGGUCAGCAUCCUCAUCACGCAGAUCCUGCUCAGAUAUUCCCCCACGCCCUGGAUCCUCCUCGUCGACCCCGACAAGCAGGCCGGCAUCUGGAUGGGGGUGUUGCAGGCCGGAGGCGGGCUGCGGCUGCAGCGGGAGGUGCUCGCCGCAGUUAGUGCAGCCGGGAGCGAUGUGUUGGUGAAGAGCGCGUCUCAACGCGUCCUGGCGGCGGACGGCGAGGCGGAUGAGGCAUCUGGAGACAUAUUCAUCGACAGCCUGGCUGUGGAGGGCGGCGACGUGGAGUGGGUUCCACAGGCGCUGGAGGAGCGGCCGUCCCACGACCUCUGGGUCUGUCCCAUCACCAAGCCCGACCUGGAGCAGCUGCUGCUGACGGCCGCCGUCAAUGGAAUGGCGGUGCUGGUGACGGACAUCGAGCUGCGGCCAUUCCCGCCCGUGCUGUCGAGGCUGCUUCUCGCCGGCAGCGGCACCACCGAACCCGGGGCCUGGGAACGAACCUUCGAAACGCUGCCCGUCAAGAUCAAGCCCGGCUUCCGGGUCUACCUCAGCACCUCGCUGCCCCUGAAGAAGUUCGAGUCAGAGUUGGAGCCGGCGCUGCUGAAGCGGAUGCGCUGCGUGGAUCUGACCAUCAGUGAGUCGGGACUGCAGGAGCUGAUUCUCAAGGAGGUUUUGUACUUCGAGCGGCAGCGGGUGGACGGGCAGCUCGCCCGUCAGGUGGACAUCAUGUACCUGCAACACCAGCUGCACGUCGCGCAGGAGGAGCUGAUGGACAAGGUGGUGCAGACAGCCACCAGUCUGCUGCACGACCGCACGAUCCGUGAAGACGCGCUGGAGAGCCACAAGACGCAGGUCGAGCUGCGCUCCACGCUGCAGGCCCUGGGCCCGAGUCCCAGCCAAGCGGCGGCCGCCGCCGACGCCCCGUACAUGGUCAUCUCCAACAUCGGCUCGCAGAUGUACUGGGCGCUGCUCCACAUCUGCCGCCUCAACGCCUUCUACUACUUCUCCAAGACCGGCUUCAUGAAGGUGGUGCGCGUCACCCUGUCCCGCCGCAAGCAGCAAGUGCGGCCGCGACCCCCGGGAGCGGGGACCGGGCGCGACCACCACAUGGAUAUCACCGACUACCUCAUCUCCAGCAUCUACGGCCACUACCGCUGGUGUUUGUUGGUGGGCCACGCCCGGCUCUACCGCUUCCUCGUUGUGGUAGGCCACAUGAAGGCGCUGGGGCAGCUGACGGCGCUCGAGUGGGAGCUCUUCCUGCGAGGCACGGAUGGGAUGGACCUGGACGCUUCGCAGCCGGACUCGGGGCCGCUGCCGCCCACAUGGGUGGAGCCGGCAGUGUGGCGGAGCUGCGCCGUGCUGGAGUUGCUGCCCGCCUUCCGCCACCUCCGCCACUCGCUGCUCCACCACGCGGGACACUGGCGAGAAUACUUCAGGCUGACGAGUACGGUGAUCGGGCCCGCGCCCGGCCCUGGCCCCGGCCCCGGGACCCUGUCUGUCUUCCAGAGAGCCAUCCUGUGGCGCCUGUUCCGGCCCUCGCUGCUCGACGCCGUCAUGAAUGACUUGGUGAGCAGCGACCUGGGCGGCACUCUGCUCCGUGACCUGCGGCUCACCGUGCCCGCCCUCUACCGCUACAGCAGGCCCACCGUGCCCGUGCUCUUCCUCACGCCCGCCGGCAGCGCCGCCACCCUCUCCACCCAUCCGCUCUACUGGAUCCGACAGAUGGCCACCGAGCACCAGCUGCAGAACAAAAUCAGCAUCAUCUCGCUGGGAGCGGGGGAUCAGACGGACGAGAUUCUGGAGGCGCUGCUAAUGGCCACGCAGAAAGGCCACUGGCUGGUUCUGGACAACUGCCACCUGCUGGAUCGCUGGGACGAGCGGCUCGUCAGUCUGUUCAUCCAACUGGUCAGCGCCCGAGAGGCGUACGCGUUGCCUGAAGCCACCCCGCGCUCGGCGUCCGCGCCAGAUUACGUCUGUGAAGAUGUGAAGGAACCGGUGCUGACGUUUUUCAUGGAGUCUGGGGAACGGGUCCACGGCGACUUCCGCCUCUGGCUCAUCUGUCGCAAUGAAGAUGAUUGUUCAAUGCCAGGCGUCAUCCGCCGGUUCACGGAGAAGCUGGUGAUUGAGACGCACUCAUUGCUGCAGAACACGUUGAAGCGGACGUACACACAGGCGCAGGGUGUGAGCCGGGACCGUGUGGCCGCCGCUCCACUCGCUGCCCUCAGCGCCCUGCACUCAGUACUGUUACACCGGCAACAGUUCCGGCACUGGACACAGGCGCGCACCUACCGCUGGACGGAGUCGGACCUGUUCGCGGCUCUGGACAUCCAGAGAAACCUGCGGGCGUCGUGGGGCGACGCGGAGAGUUUACUGGAGCACUUCGUGGACGUGGCCGUGUACCGGGGACAUCUGCAAGACACCGGAGACGAGGCGGCGCUGAGCAGCGUCCUGCACUACUGCCUGCGGUCCAGCUGCGGCGGCGGCUCCAGCAAUGGCAUCGCCAACCUCAUCACCCGCCUCACCUGCAGCACGGGUGAUGUGACGGCUGCGGACAUUGACGGACGCAUCGAGCUGAUGGUGAACCGCACGGAGACGGCGGCGGUGGGGAUCGGUGACGGGCUCCGGGAGCGGCUGCAGGAGGCGCGCUCCCAGAUGGCGAGCCGGGCGCUAGCGCGCUCACAGUCGUCGGGAGCGCGCGUGGAGGUGGAGGUGGACGUGGACGCGCCCGGGGUGGUGCAGCUGGUGGGCGACGGCCUGGAGCAGCUGAGCGGCGCGGGGGCGAGCGACGUGCACGCGCCCGGGAGCGCGCACCCCCUCCGCCGCUUCGUGGAGCUGGAGCGGCGGGACCUGCGGCUGCGGCUUGAGCGCCGCGCGUGCGCGCUCCGCCACGCCGUGGACGCGCUGAGGAGCGCGCAACCCUGCCUCCCGGGCACGCGCCCGCUGUGCACGGCGCUGGAGCUCGGGCGCGUGCCCGUGUCCUGGUGGCGGGGCGCGCGCCGGCCCCCUCCCUUCGCGCUCUGGCUGCAGCGCGUGACCGCCACCGCCCGGCUGCUCGACGGCUACGUGCGCGCCCCCGCCGCCUGCUACAACCUGUCCGCCUUCCACCGCCCGCAGCUGCUGGUGCUCGCCCUCCGCCAGGCGCGCGCCCGCGACGACCAGCGUGCACUCGGCACCUACCGUGUACGCGCACAGGUGCUGAGCAGCUUCCUGCCCCCCCACUGCCCGCCAGAUGAGGGGGUGUACAUCAGUGGUCUGGUGCUGCACGGAGCACUGUGGGACAGCAGGCUGGGGGUCCUGCAGGACACGAUGUCCAUCAAAUCAUGCAGCCUGCCGGCGGUGUGGAUGAGGGCAGUGGAGGCAGAGAAUGCCGACACCCCCUCCCUCUACCCACAGUAUGAGUGUCCCGUGUACCUGGGGGCAGAGAGCGGAGUGGGGGAUCUGACCGACACUAACAUCAUCCUGCACAUCUCCCUGGCAUCAAAGCUUGACCCGAUGGUGUGCGCUCAGAGACGAGUUCACAUCGCCAGCAGUCUCUAAGAGAACCUCCGUGCCAACUGUUCAGAAUAACAUUUUUGAUUACAUAGCAAUUAAAAUAUAUUUAUAUGGCA